AUGGGAAGUAUAGUCGGGUUAAAGUUUCGCCCCAACGAUAAGGAUCUCAUCAGUCACCUUCGCUGGAAAGUCAACGGCGGAGGCGACAGUUUCAUAAAGGACGUGGAUGUUUAUGGAUCGGAACCCUGGCUUCUUCCACACGUCACCGAGCCUCUGUUCCAAGACAAUGAGUGGUACUAUUUCGUGAAAAAGACAAUAGACAGCACGAGGAAGAGAAAGAGACAGAGCCGGCAGGUCCAAAAGAAAGAAAACGGCGGCACAUGGAAGAGCACAACCGGGGAAGAAGAGAUCAGAGAUGGCGGAAACGCUGUCGUUAUCGGCCACGCUCGGAAUCUCACUUUCAUGGAGAACGAGGUGGGGAGUACGAAGCAGAUGAAGACGGAUUGGCUGAUGAGAGAGUAUCGCCUGCCCUCCCAGGAAUCUCAAGAAUGGGUUGUCUGCAGAAUCCGACGCAAAAGCAACGGCCGGGUGAACGGGGAUGGACGUCGGAUGAAUCAAGGCAACCUCGGAAUCAAUUCGUCGAUCGGUCAGAACGUCGAGGACGCAGCCUUCCAACCGUUUGCGAAUAUAGUUGAUGAUGAAUAUGCUUGGAUUCAGGGACUAGAUAUCGAUGAACUCAGCUCACUUUUGAAUGAACCGUUUCACGGGGGUGCACUGCCUUUGCCCUAGUUAGGGUUUUUUUUUUUUCUUAAUGUUUUCUCAGUGUAAUACAGUUAUUACAGUGGAUUGACAAUA